CCAUAGGCGGUCCGAUCCGUCCCUGUUUCACACAGCGUUCCCUCCCCGUCCCUGCCUCCUCCUCCUCUCCUCCCCUCCGCUUGGCUGCCUUAUCCUCGCUUCCUUAUUGCCAAACCUGCAAAGACAGGGCUGUACUGAAUGCAGCGUAAUUUUGACCCAUGUUCCAUUAGCUGAGCGGCCCUGAGGGCACGAGGCUUCCGCGCGGGACUGUAAUGCUAUACUGUCCUCCCUCUCCGGCCAGUUCAUCCUCAGCAGCGCAGAGCUAUGGACCUCAAACCGUAGUGCUCUUCCAACACAGCGUAUCUGCAGUCACCUGCGACUCCAAUAGGCAAUCAAUAUUGAUAGAGUAUUGUUAAGGAUUACAGCCAUAAGGCAAUACGUCGCGGGGGGGAAGGCUGGAAUUAUGAAGCGCGGUCAACAUGUCUAAGGCCACUGUUAAGAAGCUGCACUGGCGUUCGAAAGUGCAGGAGAGCUUUGUCCCGCUGGGUGGAGCCUCGGGAGAGCUUGGUGUGGCCAUCGGAGGUGGUGCAGAUUAUGGAGAGUUCCCAUUUGUUACAGCAGCACCUGGGGGUGGAGCCACUGUUGGUGACAUCAUCCUAGAGAUCGGCAGUACACCUGUCCUGGGAUUGACCUUGGGAGAUGUGAGAGGGGUUCUGAACUCAUGUCCACAUCCAAUUCGGAUCAAAACCGUAUUACCAGGCUCGACUCUCUGUAAGGAUCUGAGACUUUACCUGAGCAAGUGUUUUACACCCGGAUCCAUGGACAGCCAACUCCAACAGGUCAUACGAGAGAACCUCUACCUGCGCGCCGUGCCCUGUACGACCAGGCAACCACGAGAUGGAGAGAUCUCAGGGGUGGAUUAUAACUUUGUGUCCAUUGAGGAAUUCUUCUCCCUGGAAGAGUCUGGAGCCCUGCUGGAAAGUGGGAAGUUCAAAGGGAACUAUUAUGGCACACCUCGGCCAGUCCACAUCAGUCCUGACAGUCCCCCUAUUACAUACCAGGAACAUCGAAAUCUCCUGAGGAACUUCCGUACCCGUAGCAAAUCGCUCAGCAACCUGGAAAAGGCAGUGGAGGAAGGGGACAACAGCGAGGAAGACUCUGGUCUUUCAGCGGGGUCUGUAGGAGCCAGCAGUGCCCCGCCCACCACCAUUGUCUCACCUAAUCAGACUUGGGAUUCAGGCGGUGGGCAGGAUGGAGGGGUUGCCAUGGAGAAUGGAGCACGUGGAGGGGCAUUGCCUGAAAACUGGGAGCUGGCGUUCAGUGACACGGGCGAACCCUAUUACAUCAACCAUAACUCAAAGACCACAAGCUGGCUGGACCCAAGGACUCAGGGCAAAGAGAUUGUCAGCAAGACAGAGUUACCUGCAUUCAUAGACCAACCAUCUGACUUGAAGGGCUAUUCCAUACACACCCGCCUGUCGAAAGGGCCUCGUGGGUUUGGCUUUAACAUUGUGGGUGGCAGUAGACCUCGAGAGUUCCUGCAGGUGUACAGUGUCACCCCUGGAGGCCCGUCUACACUCAAAGCAGCGGACAUCCUAGUGUACAUCAAUGACUCAUGUGUGCUGGGUCUGUCCCAUAAAGAGGUUGUAGAAAUGCUGAAAUCCGUCCCCAUGGGUCACAGUGUGGACGUGGUUCUCCGUCGAGGUUACCCAAUGCUCUACAACCCUGAUGGCUGCCCCAAAACCAGCCUCUCCUCCACUUCUGACCCAACCAGCACCAACCCUACAGCCCCUGGGUCUGCUCAAUCCCAGGUCCAACAUCCCGAUGGACACCAGCCUGGCUUGGUGAACCUCAACCGCUCCAUGUCCCACCACAACAACUUCUACCCCCGCAUGCAGAAAGAGUCCUUGGAUGCUAAUGGAAACACAGCAUCCCAGCUUUCAUACGCAAUGGCCAAUGGAAAUGUAGUGGGAGGGACUAUAGCGAUGGGGGCGGUGACUUCUUCAAAUGCCCCUCCUCCAUCAGAGCGGAUGAGCUCCAGUCAUAGCGAUACGGAGGUCUGCUCUGUUGUCACGCGCAGAGCUUCCCUUGUCCGAAGCUACAACAACAACUCUCUUCCAGCUCCUUCUCACGCCCAUCACAGUUCUAAGUCUUCCGAGAGUGAUCUCUCCUCUGCUGUGCUCCCGCUGCCCCAGCCUGAGGUGGGUCCUACCGCCCCGCCAGGAGCGCCCAGCACCCAGCGGCCUCCAAUGCCCCAAACAUCUCUUGCUGUUGCACCCCCAACCGAGCACCCACCCUGUGGUUUCAACGGGUGUCCAGCCAACAAUCCACCGCGACCUCUUCCGGGUGGCCUAGGGUCCCCCGGAGCCCCAGGUGGGGUAGGCUGCGGUGGAGGGGGUGAGCUGGUACCUGUGGCCUUGGGCAGGAGUGAGGGAGGGGGUAUGGGUUUCAGUGUGACGGCUGGGGGGCAGGGAGGGCAGCUGGCGGUGGUGAAGAGAGUUUGGGACAGACGACAAUGCCAUUCCCUACAGCCAGGGGACGCCAUUAUUAAAAUCAACGGCGCUGAUGUGCAGAGUCUCAGCUUCGCACAAGUGCAGCGAGUGCUGCACGAACAUACCAAACAGGGUGAGGUGGUCUUACUGGUUUACAGAGGAGGUUCUCUUUGUUCCCCAGGCUCCCCAAAUGCCUAUAAGAGACCUCCUCCCUCCCUGGGCACCCCUGAUCUGACCUCGCCCUCCUCCGAUGGUGCUGUGCCCAGCCAGAGCACCCUCUCUCCCUCCUCACCUUGCGGUGACCUCCCCAACCUGGUCCAAAGCACCAGCUUCCUGGACUCCGUGCCCGUGACCCUGACCCUAGAGCCCCGGGACUGGAUAGGAGUCGAGGACGGACCUGCUCAGUGGAGCCGUACUGCUCCUUCUAAUCUCGGCGCAGUAUCCAAAAGCCAUGUAGACAUGAGGGGAGCGAUCUCUUCCAGAGCGAUGGAGGUGGAGUUGAGACGGAGACCAGGAGAAGGAUUCGGGUUUGUCAUUGCAUCCCAGGACGUAAUGAAUGGAACCUCGUCUCUAGUGUCUCACAGGUUUGUGACGGUGCGACGGGGGAGCCCAGCAGCACGCAGUGGUCAGAUCCAGCCGGGGGAUCAGCUGGAGGCCGUGGAGGGCAGAUCAGUGGUCACGCUGCCUCACAGAGACCUCGCACAGAUACUGCGCAGAGCCGGCAACACACUCAGACUCACCAUUAUACCACGCUCUCACACUAACAAUAAUCUACCUGAGUACCCUGACUUUGAUGCUGAGAGUCGGUUAAGAAAAGGGCAUCGGGCUAAGCAAAAGGAUUCCCAGUAUUACAGCGUUGAUCUUGAAAGGGGGCCAACAGGGUUUGGUUUUAGUUUGCGAGGUGGAAGCGAGUAUAACAUGGGUCUCUAUGUGCUCGGUCUAAUGGAGGGUGGACCGGCCUCACGCAGUCAGAAAAUGCAGGUGAGUGAUCAGCUCGUGAAGAUUAAUGGAGACAGCACAGCUGGGAUGACACACAGCCAGGCCGUGGAGCAGAUCCGAAAGGGAGGAGCCUGGAUACAUCUCAUACUGAAGAAAGGCGAUGGAUACGUACCAGAUUAUGACCAUAAAGCUGGAGCCGAUUCCCCCUCCCUCUUUUCCGAGGAGCCGCGUUUGGAUCGCUCUCCUUCGAGGAGCAGCAGAUGGGUGGAUGACAGUGGACGAGAGAUGAGAGAGAGGAGGGGGAAGGAAAGGAGGGAAUCAGGGGGAAGGAGCAGAGGAAGAGGAGCGGAGGAAGGCAGCUCCCGGUCGGCAGGAAGAAGGAGAGAGCAACAGAUGCGUUCACGGAGUUUACCUGGUAUGCUGAGGAGCCGAGAUGGGCCACGGAGAGAAGAGAAAGAGGAUGACACACGGGGAGAAAGGAAGGGAGAAGAGGAACGACGACGGGGAAGGCAAAAAAGUAAUACCGUUGGAGAGAGAAGACAAAAAGUGAAGGAUACUAGUUCAGAGAGAGAGAACGGCCUCCUAACAGACCAAGAGAACGAGAGAGGGAGUGUCAGAAGAGAAAAGAGGGAUCACAACAGAACCAGCACAACGGAGGUCACACAGCGCACACCUUUCUCCUUCCUCAUGCCUUUGGACAAUGACGAUGAUGCAGAAUCGGCUCACAGCUUCUCUGAAGUCAGUGUGCCUGCAGCCAGCAUCACAUUCUCGGGGACUCAGUGGCCCCUGGAUGCCAUCAGCCCUCUACAGGCUCCUGGAUCUCCGACAACAGCCCCGGGACCCUGGCUAGUCCCUAGCCCUCACAAACUCUCUCAGGUUUUAGAGGGGAAAAGGCUGAGCCAGAAUAAGGGAGAACUGUGGUCCUAAUGCUAUUUCCUUAAAGGGAUAGUUCACCUAAAAACUUAACCUCAUGACGUUCCAAUUCAGUAUGACUAUUUAUAGGAAUUUACUUAAUUGUGCUAGUUGCACAUUUUCACGUGAAUGAAUGGGUACUGAAGCACCAAAAAUGUUUCAUAUGACUUCUAUACUAUACUCCAAGUCUUGUGAAGUCAUAUUAUAGCUGUUUGUGAGAAACACACAAGCUGGUUCAGGCCAAUUAAAUUUUUGUAAAUCUAGUCAACUGAUUAAAAAAAUGAAUGAUUUAUGAAUCUUUGCUUCUUCUGUCAUGAACAUUGCAAAGAGAGCUAGAGCAGAUUUCAGUGAAUAAAGGUGCUGUCCUAUUCACCACUGUUCAGUGAAUUUUCACUGUUGAAAUCCAGUCAUUUUAAUAGGAAUCCACGCCAUCUGUAAUUGAAUGGGAGGCUGAAAUAUUUCCCUAUGUGUAUUUUGCAUUGACUUCAGUUGGUCAUGCAAAUUUGUAGCACUGACCAACAGAAACCUGCUUGGUUUGAACGUGAAUUUUGUGUGAGCUGUGUUUCAUACAAAGGUACACCUUUGAAAUGUACAGUAGACCUUUUUUGCAUGCAAAAUUUUCACUAAUGUGAUUAUGUGAAUGCACCUUAGGAUAGUCCAUAGGAUAGCCCACACCCCCAUGUCAUUCCAAAUCUGACUUUCUUUACUUACAUUGUAUAAACAACAAUUUCUACAAAAGGGAAUAGGACCCGAAACUGUUUGGUUACAAGCCGAAGAAAGAAAUGUAUCCAGGUUUGGAAUGACAUAAGGGUGAGUAAAUGAUGACAAUUUUCAUUUUUGAGUGGACUAUCCCUAACAACUGAGAUCUCAGUCUGUUCUAUCACGUGUCAUAUUGACUUUUUAAUGUAACAUUUAAUGUAAUUUAGUUCUCAAUUCAAAUGAACCACUUUUAUGAUUCAUAUUCACUUUGAUGAUCCUGCUUUUGCGUCCUUUUUGAAGCUUGUCUUCAAAAUUUCUCCUUUUGUGUUUCAUGGAAGAA